GCCAACCCCGAAUUCUCAUCAGUAGCACAGACAUGCGGAUCGCUCAACCUCCUAGCGCAAUGGCUAACUCGCCAACUUCGGAGGGCUUGUCUACGCCCACCAUUUCUUUGGCCCCGGCGGCCAACGGAAACUCCGCACAAGGUGCCCUCUCCCCAGCUCCCUCCACACCUUCACGAGUCCGGAUCUUCUCCCCGUUCAAGCGUAACACGCCAUCUGCUGCGCCGUCCGCCAUGGUGUCUCCAGCUCCAUCUCUCACACCUUCGGUUGGUAAGUCCAUACAGGACCUCCAGGACGAAAGCGACAUGAAUCGUGGUCUAGUCCAGGCUCUGAGUGCUGACCUGGAGAAGAAAGACAGCGAACUUAAGGAACUCAAAACGCAGCUUGAGGAGCGCGAGGCCCUUCUGGAUUCCCUGAAGCAAUCCCACGAGGACAUGCAUCGCUCGGCUCAUGGUAACGAGGAUACCCUUAGCAUCCUUGAGAAGCGGGUUGCCGAGCUCGUGGAGUGGAAUGAGUUUGUGCGUGACGAGAUCGCGGCUAAGGCUGACAAGAUCCAGGAGCUUGAAUUUUUGAAGGGGCUCCCCAACUCCCAGGAGCCCGUAGAUGCUAAUGCACUUCUUAAACAGAAUCUAGAUCUGCAAAACGAAGUUGAGCGGAUGUCUACCCUCUUCGCAGAGAAGGAGGCCGAAGUUCAGCAGCUGAAGGCCGAUAAUGAAGCUGAAAUGGAGGCCCUUCGCGACCGGCUGGGGGCCGCUGAGGCAGCGACUGAGAGCAAGACCAAGCAACUCACCACCAGCGACGAGCGCUAUAGGGCACUUCUUACGCUGAAAGACAAUGCCGAAGACAAGCUCGAGUUUGAGCAGACUACUAAUCAAGACCUUCAGCAGCAGCUUGUCCAGCUCCAAGAAUCCGUUAGCUUCAAAGCUGAUUGCUACAAAAACGUCAAACGGAGUCUUUGUGAGAAGGAAGCUGAAGUCGAGAAGCUCGAAGCCGAAAUAGCUUCUCUAAAGAAGAAUGCUAAUCCUCCGGAAGACAGCACUAAACUCACAACCCUCCAGGCCCAACUCGACGGCCUCACCGCAGACAACGCGACGCAGUUCAACCUCAUCAAGGAACAGGCGGACGAACUCGCUCGCACCCGCGCUCUCAUCCACGAGCACGAACUCUCCAUCGAGACCCUCUCCAAUGAACGCGAGGAGCAAGAAGUCAAACUGCUCACCUCUGAGAACAACAUCCUAGCCGCUGAUCUUGCUAAACACAAACAGAUUAAUCGGAAGUAUGUUAGGCUGACCAAGGCGUUGGAGAAGCAGGCUGCUCAGGUCGCUGCCGCGGCUGCUAAGGAACACGAGGACGCGAAUAAGCGUGUGGAUGCCGCGUUUGAGCGGCGGGAAGCGGAGUGUGAGGCCUUUGAACAGAAACUCCAGGCCAAGAACGAGGAGGUUAGGAAGCUGCAGGGUAAGCUCCAGCAAGUGGAAAAGGCCGCCGUAAAAUCCGAUCUCGAGCGCGAGGACAAGAUUUCUAGCCUGGAAGCUGAUCUGCAGCGUGCGGCUCUAAACCUCGAGGCCGAGGUAGCGAAGCGUACGGCUGAGCUGGAGUGGGAAGCUGAGCAGCGCGAGGCGCGGCAUAAGGAGGAGCUGGAUGCGCUGAAGAACCAGAUGAAAGCGUUGAUGUAGGAGAAUGAAAGGCUGACGGCUGCCGAUGUGAAUGACGUACCUAGGAAGCUCGCGCCAAUGUCCCCCCACGAGGAUUUGAUUGAGGAUAUUGAUCGGCUGGCAGAGGAGUGUUCGGAUCUGUCGGAUACCUUGUCUGAAUCGUAGAUACGCUUCGUUUGGGAAGCCAGAUGUUCGAUAGCGCGUGGUACGUAAAAAAUCGCGUCCAUCGAACUAUCCUCAUUAAUGGAAUGACUUGACAAGUACUUAACUUUGGCUGUAUGUGAUACCUCUGGCUCUUGCCCUACCUGUGAUGUACGUAGGAGGGUCUCCAAUCCCUAGACUCCUCUUGGCGUUAUUCCCAG